AUGGCCGCACCAGCCGCACGCAUUGGCCGCUGAUCUCUGAUUGCCUCGCGAGCACGAGCAUGUGAUUUCACAGUAUAGUUAGAAGAAUAAUCUUUCUCGGUAACAGUUUUCUGUAUUUUAAUUUUACAUAGCGUGCACCUAACUUGUGAAGUUGAAAAUUAAAUUCGUAAGUAAGAUGUCCUCCAUUCUCCGCUCGACGAUUUAUUUCCGGCAGUACCUUAACCUCAAUCGUUCCCUAGCCGUAGCUAUUUCACCAACGAAGUUUCCUAAUAUCACCAGGAAAACCAUACUUACUCCCAUCGUUUGCUCUUCAUCGGAAAGUGUAAGGAGUUACUUUGACGCUGCAAAUGUCUCUAUUAGUUCUGUUUUGAAUAGAGUGGACAACUCUGUACGGCGAAAGUUUAGAGUCUCAGAGAUAGACUUAAAUCAUAUACUUGAACUCCUCAAACACCAGUGCUCGGUAACUCCAUCAGAAGCUGUGUUGAUUCUGCGGAUUUGUGGAAGUCUCUUGGCAGAAGUACUCCCAGAACAGAGGCAAAAGCUUGUUAAGGAACUGCUGGAAAUUUUCAAAAAGCAAGGUGUCAAGUUUGACAUAAUUCAUUACAAUGCUUUGUUGGCUGUGUACUUUGAAAACGGAAACAAAUUCACUCCAACAGAGUUCUUGUUGGAAUUGGAGAAGGAAGGUCUUCAACCAGACAGGAUCACUUUUCAAAGGCUUAUAGCUGGUUGUUGCAAGAACGGAGAUAUCGAAGGGGCCACCAAGAUACUUGAAUUUAUGAAAGAGAAGGAACUAGGCAUCAAUGAACAAGUUUUCAACGCCCUGAUUCUCGGUCAUUGUCAGCGCAAUGACUUAGAAAGUGCUCAAGGAAUCAUGGGUGUGAUGAAAGAAGCUGGUGUGCCUCCAAGUAAUGAAACCUACGCAACACUGAUGUGUGGAUAUGCAAAGUCUGGUAAUAUAGAUAAAAUUAAAGAGCUGUUUGACGAAUGUGAAAACUCCAAAAUUCUGCUCCUGAACAGAGAUAUCCUGAAAGUAGUGCAGGAGCUAGCUCUCAGCGGGCAUGCCAGCCACAUUUCUGAGGUUCUGAGUAAAGUGCAAGAAGGACCAGACUAUAAUCAGGAAGCAGUAAAUGCAAGUCUACCACUGAUUGCUGCAGGUCAAGAGGAAGCUGCAUACGCAAUCAGUAAAACUAUGACCAAAGCAUAUUUAAGAGAAGAUCCGCUCGAGAAUAUCUCUGUGGGUGGUCACUAUUUUGUUCGGCAACUGGUGAAAAGCAAUCGACCAAUGGAGAAAAUUAAGCAUUACACCAACCUCUUUGCAACAGAAAAUUCCGAUCCACUUUUGUAUAAUGUUGCUAUGAAAGAGGCUAUUCACAAAGGAGAUAUUGCUUACGCGAAAGAAUUUUUCAAGUUCGCUGAGGCACAUGGUGUUCCAGUGCGCCCACACUAUUUCUGGCCUCUUAUGAAGAAGCAGGCAAAUGAUAGAAAUACUGAAGGAAUUUACCAAUUGCUCGAGAUGAUGAUCGAAGACUUCAAACUGCUCACUCUGCGCGAGACAGUGCGAGAUGCAGCUGUACACGAUUUGGUAAAUUGUGGGGAGUCCUGGCAGUCUAUUUUUGAUAGAUGUACUGCCCUCACCAUUCCGUCAGGCACAGUAGCCGCUGCCCUCGUCAUCAACUUACUCAAAAGGAACCGCAUCAAGGAAGCUGCUGAAAUAGUGAAGGCGCACCGUGCAUAUUACCAGCCAUACUUCAUACGUCCUUUAUUAGUGAAAGCGUACUUCGGAACGAAGGAUUUAGACUCUUUCAUGACAAUUGCGCAUGCCAUGUACUUAUCAGUUAUGCGCCAGGAAGAUUAUCGAGGUAACUCAGAGGUAGCAGCCGAUUCGGAGGAUGACCCUCUUGCUGUCCCAGACAAAACAAACAUGAUAAGUAAAACUGUGUACGAUAUCUUGAACAACCUGGUUAAGGAUAAAAGGAAUGCAGAAGAAGUAGAACGUUUUCUCAAGGCUCUUCUUGACCAUGGACUCGGCAUCAGUGAAGCUUGUGCCCAGAAGAUUACUUCAUGGCUCAGACCAGUUCUUACCGCUGAAUUAGCUAAUGUGAUUGAACAACUAGCAUCAGAGAACCUGAAACCAGCAGCAUUUUCAUCUGCUGGAGCCUCAGCCCAGACAACAAGUUCAGACCGUUUUGACGAGAGGGUGCUUAGACAAAUCCUGAACCUAAGGUUGAAAGAUGGGAAACCGGUCGAUGUUAUUCGGCAUCAAUUAUUCCAGAUAUACUGCCGCUCUAGAGAUGUAGACAAAGCGCUUCAAAUGAAGCAGGAGAUAGAAGAAAGUGGCGAUUCUCUCUCAGAAGGAGAAUCUGCAAUUUUAGCUGAUGCGUAUAUUGCAGUGGAAGAUCUGGAGAAUGCUCAGAAGAUUUUCGACCAACUCAGAAAUGAAACUCCUGGCUUUAAUUUUGACUACUCAAAAACUAUGCGAUUUCUUACUUUACUCGUACAAAAAGAUAAACUUCAAGAGGCAGAGCAAUUAUUACAAAAUUCAAAUAUCAAAAGAGGAGAAGAGAAUUUGUUUGUAAUGAAAUCUACUGUCAAGAAUCUCUUAAACGCAGUUGCCGAUAAAAAUGAUCCGGAUCUUGUGGAGAAAUUCCUAAGUAUUCUUCAGUCAAAGCAAUAUAUUGAGGUUUCCAGUUUUAUUCUUGGAUCUGUCAUCAAAGCCUAUCUGAACAGAGAUGAUUUGGCUGGUGCAAUUGAGAAAUUUGAACAUAUUUGCAAUACGUACAACUUCACUCCAUUGAAGAAUGAGCUGACAAAGAGGCUCAUCAAGAACGAAGACACCGCAGCGCUCCAACGUGUGACGGAUCUUAGCACAGCAAUCCAUGGUGAAGUCAAUAGCUUGAUUGACCUCAUGGAGUGUUUCCUUGAAGUAGGGCGUACACAACAAGCGAGAAGAAUUUUAGAGACUCCUGGCUUGAGACUGCGUCAAGAUCGCUUCAAGCAAAUCAGUGAAAAUAUGUACACUAGGGGUGAAGAAGACGCCUUGAAGAACCUUAUCGAAGUAACGAGAGGCAUCCCUGACAUCAGCCGCUCCGUUUUCUAUUUGAAUCUUCUCAAACUCUAUGCUGAUGCUAAUGAUGCUGAAAAAGCGUACAGUCUUUUGUUGCGUAUGCAGGAGCAAGACGAGAUUCCAUCUGAUAAGUUUUUGGUUACAUUAGCUGAUUUACUAAGGAAGAAUGGGCGUGAAGUACCUUUCCAAGUCCCAGCUGUGGCAAAGCAGAUUCAAGAGGAGCUGAAGGUUGAAACAAAAAAACAAAAAUCGCCCAUCAAGGUUUUCCAAGAUUGUAUCGCUCAAAAUGACUUAGACAAAGCUCUUCAGUUUGUGAAUACAGGAAACAUUCCAAGCACGAUACUGUCCAGCUUGCUACCAGCGUUGAUGAAGAAAAAUAGAGUUUCAGAAGCAUUUUCAGUUAUCAAAACUAUCUCGGACAGGGGUGAUCAUGUCAAUGUCCAAGCUCUUAAACCCCUCUACAAAAAUCUAGGGGAGGCGGUCGAUUAUGAAACUUUGUGCGAGUUGAGGCGGAUACUCCCAGGAGAACAAGGUCAGGAUCCAUUUCUCCUUCGCUCUAUAUUUGUUGCGUGCAAAGAAGCAGGACGAAUUUCUGACCUGUUUAAGGAACUCGAUUUGGAAUUAAUCACAGCCGAUAGUGAACGACUCGAAGUUACGUUCCCAAUAGGUGUGCUUUUGAGAGUUCUAGCAGAACAGCCACAAUACUUGGCGGAAGUUGAAGCAUUGUGUGAAAGAGCAAAAGAAAAGAGCUUAACUGUAAGUGAAAAAUGUCUGUGGAACAUCUACACAGUUCUGGACAUAAAAUCAGAGGAAAGAGAGAGACUUCGAAACUCUUUGAUGCAGGACGAAAUGAACUUUUUUGAGCCUGCAAUAAAGCUUUGUGAGUACAGGGAGGAUUUUUCACUAUUAGACCGAAUCAAGGACGCCGUUUGGUCAAGCUCAAAUGGAGUAAACCUAGAGAGAAAAAAGGCUCGGAUAAUCACCGCAGAAAUACGCUUGUGCAUGCUUAAAAAUCAGCCCGAUGAAGCGUUGAGGAGACUAGAAUCAGGACUGAAAGAUGUAGAUAUCUCUCUAUUAAGAAGAAGUGUUUUGAAGAACUUGGAGAGGCAAGCCAAAGCUUCUAAUCUCCCAUUCGACUUUAAAAUUCCUACAGUCUCUGCAGAAGGUGAAGAUGAAAACAAACAGAAAGUCUCAACGCAGUAAUGCAUUUGAAAUUUGAAUUUCAACAAUUGUUGAUGGCAUCUCUUGGUUUUUAUUGAAACAAGAAGAAACAGUUUGCUGUAAUUUUCAAAUUAUUUUUGGCCUUCCCGGUUUGAAUCAUUGUGAAAAUCGACACCUCUAGAACAGACCUUUGCAUGAAUACCUUGGUGCGUACUGGAGCUGUGUUGCCUUAAAGAGGUGAACCUUAUUUUUUGAGCCCCUCGAGCUCACUCAAUUAAAACAUUGUCGUAGUUUCAAUGCCAGUGGCAACUCUCUGCAAAGAAUAUUUCUUAGCUCCUGAUUCACAAUUAUCACCCGAUGCCCCCUUUCUAUGAAUCCUCUCAUAUGUGAGUCACUAUUUUUGAUCAUUUUAACUUGUCAACCGAUCCAGUUUUGUAAAUAUUAGUCUAGGAUUUUGUUGUAGUUUUUCUCUUCUUUUUUUUCUACUGUUUUUUCUUUACUGUUGAAUUGUGUUAGUCAUUUUGUAUCACUAUGAAAUAUUGUAAAUUAUUUCGAGAAAAAAAAAAAAAAAAAAAAUUGUAAACAUCGAA